AUGGUUGACGAAGAAGCCUUCCGACAGGCCUUUAAGUCAGUCUCCUCACUACCGAUAUACUCUAGCAAGGACAUGGCUGAAUACAUGAAAAAAGUCAAGGAUUCGCUGUCAGUCAGUUCGGAAGACUGGGAGCGCCGAGUUGAUGCGGUGAGUAGUACCUCCAUCUCAUUGCUUAAAGUGUUUCUGCUUCACGACUUCUGCAUGUCACUUCUAUGGACAGGAGUAUACAGUCAGCGUGACCGAUUUCUUGAAAUGUUUAUGAAACUUCCGAAAGAUGUCUUUUUUAUUGGCAGGGUCUACCUACGUAGGAUUGUAGCGUUACUUUUCACGGAGCAUAAUCCACAGAUAUAUUCCAGUCACGCCAUACUGCCAACCUACCAAUGCGGCUAUUCAAUGCAAAGGUGGCUGGGGUCGCUUAGCGUCAACAUGUUAAACAUAACUUUUAGUGGAACAUUCUAG